CUGUUGUCUUUGGGAUUACUUUUCCUUCCAGUUUAGAAGAUCUACCCUGCUGUCAAGUCCAGGAGAGGAGCUACAGAUGAUUAGCCUACAAUUUACUCUACUAUAGGUCCAUACUAAUCUUCUUCAGCCUGAUGUGGUGGGAACACUUAGAGCUGGAUGAUGACAUGGACCAGACCAGAAUGAGGAGCAGAGAGCUGAGCUGAGAUCUAAUGUGGUGUCCAGCAGGUUUUCUUCCAGGAUUAUUCUGUACUUUGCUCCACCUAUGUUUCCAUCAGCCAGAUUCCUUAUUCAUGCUGAGGAAAAGCAUCCCCUCAUCAUGUUGCUGCCACCACCAUGUUUUACAGUGGGAAUGUUUCCAGGGUAAUGUGCGGUGUAACUUCUGCUUGCGAAUCAAGGAAUGAGUGCGAUGUGUUUGUCAGUGAUGAUGUAACUGAAGCAUCACAUACAGUCAGGCUGGAGUGGCUACUGCUGAUAACAACCUGUGCACAUUGUACUUUGAACAGUCACAGCAGGUUGUUUCAUGCGAGGACUCAACUUCACAGUCCUGCAGCACUUGUCGGUUUAGGAUUGCUUCUUCUUCUAGUUUGGAGGAUCUCCUCUGCCAUCAUGUCCACAUCUGUGCAGAUAGAGCCGGUCAUGGAGAAGACCUACGAAGGAGUUGGCCGCUGCAAGUGCUCCUUCUGGUUCGCGGUGGCCCACGACAUCCUGGGAGUCUUCAUCAUCAUGGUGGGGGUGUUCGGGGGGCUGGUCGUUCACGAUUUGUUCGUCUACGCUGGCGCCAUCAUCAUCUUCCUGAGCCUGAUCUGGUGGGUGUUCUGGUACUCUGGGAACAUCGACGUGCCUCCAGAGGAGCUGGAGGAUGAUGUGGGCCUAAUCAAGAUGAAGAACAGGAGGCUCAGCAGGGCCAUGAGGCGGGUUUCGGACCGUAUCUCCAACAGGAUCAGAAGCUCUUUCAGAAAGAAAGAUCGCACUGUUGAAGAGGGGCCAUCAGGGGCCCCUGGGCCUUCAAACUCUGGUACAGAUGUAGCCCUCUCAACAAUCUACGACAGCCCUAAAGGCUCUUCUUCUAAAGAACUUGUGAGAGAAACACUAUCCAUAUAAACUCAACCUGAUGUCAGUAAGAAACCUUGAACUUGGAUCUUUAUAUUUGUCUUUACUGCUGGUCUUUAAACAGUUAUUUUUAUGUGCUGGCAUCUGUAAUCAUUAGUCAACACAGAGGUGAUGACUGGAUAAGAUCCACGCGCUCUUAUGUUGCUGAUAAGAUUUCUGACCUCUUCCUGUUUUUACCGCUGAUCAUCUGCUGCUCAUUCACAGGUUUUGAAGAGGUGGACUCGAAAACGAGUCAUAAUGAGUGACGAGCAAUGAGGAUGUUUUAUUUUAACUUUGUGAUCUGUAACAGGAACGUUUGUUGCUCCUUCUAAUGUCUCAGUUUGGAUGCUGCUGAAGGACUUAAACCAAACAAGGAGAUACGCCUGAAGCAGGAGAAAAAUCUGGAUGAGCAGAACUUUAGGGUUGAUCUACAGCUGCUACAGAGGUUUACUUUACAAAGUUUUCCUUUUGGCACUAGAAUAUUGAAUUAUUGCUUGGAAGAUAUGUUCCUUCAAAUUUAGGAGUAAAAAGGACCCAAACUGAACUUAUGUUGAAAGAGAGAAAGAUUCUACCUUUUUAAAAAAGUCUGUGUAAAAUAGAAAUGUGUGCAAAUAUUGUCCAUUUUGUACUUUACAAGACGUUUUCUUUCUGACUUGUUUGUGUUUAAAUCAGGAAGACUUUAUGUUUUCUCGACCAACUGGUCUAACUGAUCUGCUGCAACAAGAUGCUCCUAAACCUGUUGUGAUGCCAUAGGUUCUGCUCAAAGUGAAGGACUGAGCCCUGAGGACCAGGAUUGAGAACCAAUGAUAAAUGGGUUUUUGGUCAUUGUAAAUCCACAAAACAAGCUGUUUUUGUGGUCUCUAGGGGUCUUCAGUAGCAGCAUAUAUCCCAGCAGUCUCCAAGCCAGGGCAUGUUGGUGUGGAAGCCUGAAACACGGGCAGAUGUCAGAUCCAAAGAGCUGCCAAUAGAGGUGCUGCCACAGCCACCUGCGCUUUCUUUCUCCACACACAGAGAGAGAAACCGGGCCUUCAUGUGGAAAAUGGUUUUAAAUUAUUCAUCAAAGUCUAUUUUCCACAUCAUGAAGACCUUGCUUUUUAACAGGGUUUGAAAACCUUUGAGAACCACCGUAAUGUGCAGUAAGAAGGUCACACAUCAGACAGAGAAGACUGAUCUUUGUGGCAGCCACCUUCAGCAGGACAAUCAGAGCUACGAUGCAAUGGGUUAGACUGAAGCAUGUUCUUGUGUUUGAUCGGCCUAAUUAAAGUCCAGACCUAUAUAUCUAGUUGCGAAGGUGAGACCUGAACACAGUGGAGCACAGAUGCUCCCCAUCCAAGCUGACUGCACUAAUAACAGGGUAGUAUUUUAGUCUUUAGAUGAGCUGCUAGAGAAAUACCACAAACGGCCUGCAGCUGGAACUGUAGCAAAACAUGGAUCUGCAAAGUACUGGCUAGGGCGACUGAAUAAAAAUACACGCCACACUUUUUAGAUUUUUAUCUGUGAAAACAAAUUAUUUUAUUUUUUUUCUUCCACUUCAUAAUCAGCCCCAAAACACUCUGGAUCCGUUUAGGCGCCAGAUCCAACCAGAACAUCUUGGUCGAAGUGAACGGAACCCCGCAGACUGCUCGCGAUUUCCCGCGACUGCGCCUCCUACUGGCCGACAAGGAUACAGCAACACUGUUGGUUCAGACAGGAAGUGACACAUGGUGGAAAAGUACAACACAUCCGGUUUGGGGAAAAUACAAACAAUCAAAUCGCGAUGUAAAGAUGACGUCAUUUCCGACCGCGUUGGGUCGCAAAUAUUUUCGCCUGGUUUCUAGGAUGGACGAUGAGCAACUGAUUUAAUUUAAUUUCCCUUUGGGAUUAAUAAAGUAUUUUUGAAUUGAAUUUGAACUGAUAGUGGAAGUCUAGAACAUGACUCUUUUAUAUGAGACCAAACACCUUUCCUAAUAGGACAGCAGCCAGAAGGAGAAGGCAUGAAUGGAGAUAGCAGAAGUUCUGGGAAUUAGUGGUGAGCAUGAAAUAUUAUGUUUAUAAUGGGUUAUUCAGAUGAUCAUUAUGCAAUAAAUAUGUAAUAUUUUAUUGGGUUGAAUACUAUGAAACUAAUUUUCAUAGUUUAUUUCAAUCGGUGUGAUUUUUGUGAAAUUUACUAAUUAAUAUUAGUGCAUUAGUUCAUGUUAGUAUCAUGGUUUAAUUGUUUAUUAAAUAAAUGCAUGUUUAAAUAUGAUCACAAAACUUAAAUGAAGCCUGUUUACAACAAAUGAACCUUAACACAACCUGAGCAGCAUGAACAAUGUUUAGGUACCAAACCAUGCUACUCUUUCAGAAAUGUAAAAUUGAAAUAAGAUGAAAAAUACAGUAAAAUUGAUUUGAAGCAAAAAUGUA